GAACAUUUGCUGAAUUCUGCCGCUACUGAAGCAAAAAAUUUAAUGCAGUAUCAUAAUGGUAAUCAUAAUUUGGCUCUGCAAGCAAUCAAAUAUAGUUUUGCAGAUUAUGGAAAUCUUGUCAAAGGAGAUGAUAUGGAUAAAAAAGAUAAUAUAACUACUAAAAUGAAUGAUACAAUUUCUAAAAUAAAAACAGACAAUAAUAGUGCUUCUGUUGGUGUUGGAACUCCUUUAGCAUCAACAGCAACAUCGUUUAAUAGAAAAGACUGGUGGGAUAAAAAUAAAAAAAAAGUCUGGAAUGUUAUGUUAUGUCAAUAUACUGGAACUGAUAAGACGGAACAUUGUAAUGAAUAUAAUACCAUAGAUAAAAUUCCUCAAUUUUUGAGAUGGUUAGAAGAAUGGGCACGCAAAUAUUGUUCUGAACGAACUAAAUUGGCAAAUAUGGUGACUAAAGAAUGCAAAAUGGAUAUACAAAAAAUUGAUUUGAAUUCACCUGAUAAAAAUAACAAAAACUGUAUAACAUCCUUAAAUUUAUACAAAACCUUUUUUCAUAAUAGACAUCUUGAAUGGGACAAAUUAAAAAAAAAAUACAAAAAGGACAAAGAAAAAAACAGUAGUGGUAAUCCUGGUAAUUCUAAUUCUAAUUCAUAUACUGAAAAGGAUGCUGAAGCAUAUCUGAAAAAAAAUUGUAAAGAAUGCGUUUGUACUUAUGAUGAUUUAAAAGAUAUUUAUGAUAAAGGAUAUAAAACAAAGGAGAUAGUACCAUUAUUGAGUACAACAGCUAAAUAUGACACUGAUCCUGAAAAAGCAAAAAUUAAAAAAAUCUUAACUAUGGACGGACUAGGACCAAAAAUUGUAACUAAAGCUAUUGAGGCUGCAAACGAUAUAAUUCCUGACGCUGCAAAAGCUGCUAAGGGACUUGCAAAGGAUGUUGGAAUACCUGCUGCUACAACUGCGGCAAGGAAUGUUUUUAGCGGAUUACGAAGUGUCAUUAAUUGGUUCAGUGGUAGUUCAUCAUCACAACAACCCCAACAAACCCAAGCCCCUAACCAUAGUGGUAGUUCCAGUACUGGUAAUCAAAAUCCGGGUUCACCACGUGUUGACCAAGGUGCGAGUGGUUCGCCAAGUGGUGGAGCUGCAGCACAACCUGGACCACAAGCAGCAUCACAAGGAACAUCAUCACCUGGAGGACCAUCACAAGUAUCACC